UCUGGUAACGCUGGUCGUCUGCCGCUUUGUUCCGCGCCGCCUCACAGGCCGCAAGACAUAAGUGUACCAGCUAGUGGGUGGUGGUGUGACUAGCCGUCAGGAUGUUGCCGCUUGGGUCUGUGUGUCCUCUCGGCGUACGGUUGUUAGGUGUGUGUUCUAGAGUGCCAGUGGUGACCUGUGUGAGAGGCAUCACAUACGGGGAGAAUGAUGCCGUCAAUCCCAACUUUGUGAACCGCAAUCCUCGGAACAUGGAAAUGCUGCGGCUGGCUCGGAAGCCUGAGGGAUGGAAUCUGGAGGCAUCAUCUCGUACAUAUUGGUACAAACUGGUCCUGGAGAAGAGCAACAGGCACUCCACAGGCUGGGUUGAGCAUCAUACUGGCACCCCUGUUGUUUCUGCUUCCACCCGAGAGUGGGCCAUCAAGCAGCAUCUAUACUCCACUACUGAUACCAAUGCUGUCUACAACAUAGGGUGUAUUCUGGCAAGGCGAUGCUUGGAGUCUGGCAUUUCUGAGGUGUACACUGAACUGGACCAAUAUGCUGAAUCUUCUGGGAAGAUUCAGAAGUUCUUGUCAGCCAUGAAGGAGGGUGGUGUGGAGCUGAAGGAGCCACGCUUCAUCCAUGAGCUCUCUGUGGGGAUGUUUUCCCGCAGGAGGCCUGCACUUCCUUGGCAAGUGCAGGAGGAAGGGGUUUCCUCACCACCUUCUCCUAUCUCAUGAUAACUGAUAGUUUAAGAUUCUGUUUCUGUACAUUUAGUAAAUUUUAUUUGUAAA